CCGGAGCCGCCUGAUUUAUUUAAACAAACUCCUAUUGAGAUAAUUAUUCCCGUACUUUAUUUUAAAACACGAUAACAUUAAUUAAGUCAUGUAUUUAUAUUUGUGGCCAAUUAUAGUUUUUUUUAAUCGUGCUAAAGCACAAAUGAAAAUAGUUUAUUUUUUUUUUUCUUCAGGCAGUUUGUGUGGACACGUCUGUUUAGGGCGCGCUGGAGCGAAGGAUUUUGAACUUUGGAAAAAAUAAUAAUUUUUAGAGUUUUUAUUUUGAACAGUCUUGAAAGAAUCACCUUUAUUCCGUAUUUUAUCCCAACCCUUCCUGUAGGUAAUUAUUCUUAACUACAAUACGACUGUGUUUAAGGCGAGGUGUUUCUGAGAUGGCGUCUCUAGAUGAAGGGCUUCAGGCGCUGGAGGAGGUGCACGGAGCUCUGGUCAACAUCAUUUCCAGCGACUCGGCUGAGAUGCUGAGGAAAGCCGUGGAUAAACAGCGCCUGAUCUGGGAACAUUUCCACCAGACAGAGAAGACCGCGUCGCAGCUCGUGUCUGAGCUGAUGCAGACGGAGGAGCGCGUUGCUCAGAAGGUGCUGGAUGCCGAGCAGCAGAAGAACCGGGGUCUGGGAGAGCUGGAGAGACUGGAGAAGGAGCUGUGGGGGGCAGCGUCUCGCAACAACAAACUCGGGGCGGAAGUGGACUUUCUCCAGAAGGAGCUGGAAGCUUUGAAAGAGACGGAGAAGGAGAUGCAGCACCUCCAGGAAGAGAUCGACGAAGACACCACCGUGGUGAUCCCGUCCGCAGUGUACAAGGCACAGCUUUACCACAAUGUGACAAAGAUCAAGUGGGAUCACGGGGCUGAGCCUCACAUUCUCAGAGGAGUUCACUAUGGAGCCGACAUCGCAACCCCUAUCAACUUUGACACCACCCAGCAAUCAGAGACCUUCGUCAGCAAUUACCUGUGGAGUUUAGUCAGCACGGAGUGGUAGAGGGAGAGGAGGAGAAGAGGAGAGAG